AUGGUUACCGUCAAUGAAAGUACAAAAUUUACCAAGUUCCUGUUUGUUAAUGAUAUUGAAAGAACCACAAUGACUUUGGAGACUGUACUUGGAUACUACCAUGUGAGCAGAGAAGUUGAAGUUCAGAUCAAAGAAGGGCCGCACUCCUGUGGUCUCCAAGGUUACCUCUUACAGAUGGACAGGCUGCUUCAAGCUCACAAUUACUUCCAGAAACACAACCCCACCAGUCUAGAACUUGUUGAUGUUAUUCGUGUUUUUGACGAAGGAAAGGAUGCCUUGCAGGUGGAGUUUCGCACAUUAUUGGGGCGUCAUGGCCGACCUGUCCCGGCCAUUACUAUCCUCAAUCACAUCAGUUCAUAUGAGGACCUGCAGCCAGGAGAGGCAGAAACCCCAUCAGAAAUAGAACACCUUCCAGAGAAGAUCAUCACUGAGCUCGGACAGAUAGCCAGGUGGCUCGUUACUAAUGGUCCCACCACUGACUUCCUAAAGGAUUACACCACCAUGCGAUCAUCCAUGAUGGUCAAGUCCCUCCAAUGUUUGAAGGAGCAUAUGAAGUCCUCCAGUGGUAGCAGUGUUAAUGCCAUAUUCCCCGGACAACACUCCCCCGCCACAACAAGCAAAUUCAGACCUAGCAAAGAUACACCAGUGAGGAAGAGUAUGAGGAAGAUUGCACAUACCUUUAGGAAGAAGGCAGCUACAGCUUUGAUACAGUCACCAUUUGAUCCAGGUCAUCGACGCCAAGGUUCUUACACCGAUGUGAUCAAAGAAGAGAGCCUGGACGUGGAGAUAGAUAUCUACAUCACUGAGCUCACUGCACUCCUCAAACUUAUGCAGAGUGAGAACCAACUGAUGUCUGGCAUAGUCCCUGAGAAGCACCAUCGCACUGUGUUUGAUGGGGUAGUUCAGCAGGCUAUGGACGCAGUGGUCAGUGAGGGAGAGUUGUUGGCGAGCAAUGCUAAAAAGAAUAUCGUCAAACAUGAGUUCAUGGCGGUGCUUUCCAUCUUCCCUGUGGUGAAACAUCUUCGCACCAUCAGACCUGAAUUUGACUACACACUAGAGGGCUGUCAAACCCCAACUCGAGCCAAACUAGUCUCUCUGUUGUCCACACUUGGAAGUACAGGUGCCAAAGCUCUAGAGGAGUUUGUUGAGAGUAUAAAGAAUGACCCAGAUAAAGCCUCCAUGCCAAGAGAUGGUACAGUCCACGAAUUAACCAAUCAUACCAUCAUAUUUCUGGAGCCACUACUUGAUUAUUCCGAUACUGCUGGUGCCAUGCUGCUGAUGCAUGGGGAACAAGCCGCUCCAUCUGAAGCAGUUGAUGCCAAGAAGAGCAAACACCAGCUUGCAAAGUACUGUACCAAAGUUCUGUCAGCCUUGGGUCUGAAUCUGAGCAACAAAGCCGAGACCUAUAGUGAUCCCACACUGAGGCCAGUGUUUAUGUUGAACAACUAUAACUACAUCCUCAAGUCUAUACAGAGAUCUGGGUUACUGGAACUUAUCCACACCUACCAUAAGGAGGUGGGACAGUACUACGAGGACAAGAUUAAUGAAGAGAAGAAGCACUAUUCUCAGAGUUGGAGUCGAGUGAUGCACUACAUACUGGAGGUCAAUGAGCCAAUGUCUAUGCAGAGAACACAGUCCUUGGAAACAGCAAAGUUGAAGGACAAAGAAAAGCAGAACAUCAAAGAUAAGUUUACUGGUUUCAACAAGGAGCUGGAGGAGAUCUUACGUAUACAGAAAGGUUACGCCAUACCAGACCAGGAGUUGAGGGAAAUGCUGAAGAAAGAGAACCGAGAUUUUAUUGUACCAUCAUAUACAGUCUUCCUACAGAAGUAUGAGAAACUCAAUUUUACCAAAAACAGGGAGAAAUACAUCAAAUAUUCCAUUCAAGAUGUUGAAACAACCAUUGGAAAGUUUUUUGACACAUCUGCCUAGGAACUCAGUGGAGCAGAAAUACAUUCCAACACAGCAUGUAUCUACAGUAUUUGUACAGCUGACUUGGGAGUGUUACUCAAGAAAGAUCAAAUCUAUCCCAGACAUCUGUAACCAUCUCAUCAGACAUAAACCUGAACCAACAGUUUAUAGAUAAACACUGGACUUUCAGUGCGUCCCAUGUAUAAAGUACCAAUAUAUAAGCCUGUUAGUCCUGUUGUGAAAAUGUUUAGCUUCUGUAAAGAGAAAGAUGUAGAACCCUCAUGGUAAGAUAUUAUAGUGUGUGAUUGAAUCAUGUUGAAUUUUUUUGCUUGGUUUUAACAUUAUUCUCAACAUCCAGUAGUGCUAUGGGAUGUGAUGAAAAUCAAUUCAUGAUCUAGUCGUCUUCAAUUGUCAGUUAUCAUCAUUUCCAUGGGAAUAUGUCCUAAACUGUAAAGGGAAAAGAAUCGGACCUGCUAUAAAGAUCACCUCUGUAUAUAAAACACCUGUAAAGUUCAAUAACUUCAGCUUAUCAAGUGCGCGUCUUUGAAGGACUCAUUUUCAAUCAGUAACUCUUUACAUGAUUUUUUUAAUAUAGAAUACAUGUUGUGUUGUACAAAAAUUAAUCUUUCAAUGAUAAAUGUAUCACAUUUACUAGAACUUACUGUACCAAUUCACAUUCUACCAAACAUGAUGGCUUCUAUGUGUGGGAAUUGUGCAAUAUUUGUUAUGUAAGUUUAAGCUUCAAUAAAUUAAUGUACAAAACACAUUUUUGUUUAAUCCUU